GGGAUGUUCAUUCCAUUCACUUAAAACAUUUACACAUUUGUGGAUUAUAAUAAAAAAGGAUGAAUUGAGCCACCUUUAAUUUAAUAAGGGUUACAAACAACUUUAAAUACAAUGGACAAAGGGUAAGAUGCACUAUGAUAUUCAUUUGUUUUUGGUGUACAAUAGCAGUGGCAGCCAUUAAUAUUAACUUAUUAACUUGUACCUGAUGUAGUCAUCUGAUUAAAGACUCUUACCUGGCUAUCAUUUUUAAUACACACAUAGUUAUGAUGUGGUUAAUGUAAAGUUGUGUUUUACAAAAUGCCACAGUUUUUGUCAGAAGGCAUCCAGCAGGUUCGUUAGGCCAAAAAUAGCCGUUAUCAGCUACGGCAGCAUGUGUGCCAGCGUGAGCACUACGCAUAUAAUCAACACAUGUGAAGUGUAACUGAAAGUGUCAGCGGAUGACAGAUGAAGCCACAAAACCACCAGCCACAAGAAGACCAUUGACAAAAGCAGCUAUUUCUCAGGGUGACCUCAGCUCACCCACUUACUGCGUCCCCUCAAUCCUGGUUAUCAAAUCCCCUCAGUGUCAUCAUGGUCCACAAAACGGAAGUAAGAAAUGAAAAAAGAAGAUGGGGAUAAGGAGGUUGAGUGUCUGGUGAAGUGAAGAGCACGACAGACUUUCAGAGAGGAUGGACGAGAGAAACAGAACAAUGAUCGUGGUUUUUCUGCUCUGUGUCAUUGCGGAUAUGCUAGCAGAAGGCCACACUCUGGAUGUGUGUGCCACCUGCCAUGCUAACGCCACAUGUGACGACAAGUCAGACGGUUCUGGCAAAGUUUGUAACUGCAAAUAUGGCUUUGUUGGAAAUGGGAGAACCUUCUGUCAAGAUAAAGAUGAGUGUCAGUUAGGAGCAAGUAAAAUCUGUGGGCAGCACACCGCCUGCCACAACACAUAUGGCAGCUACUACUGUACCUGCCUGGCUGGCUACAGCCCUUCUAACAACAUGGCAGUCUUCAUCCCAAACGAUGGAACCCACUGUCGGGACAUUGAUGAGUGCAGGAUCGCAGGCUUGUGUGGAGAUGGAGGUCAAUGCAGGAAUCUUGAGGGCAGUUUUGACUGCAGCUGCCAGCUGGGAUACCAAGUCCACAAUGGAACGGAGCCCUUCCACCCUUACAGAGACAGAGCUUCCUGCAGAGUGGUUGACUGUGGCCAGCAUGCCUCAGUGGAGGACACAGUGCUGCUGUCAGUCACAGGUACCACAUACAGCAGUGUGGCCAUGUUUGGCUGUGACGAAGGCUUUGUGUGGAUUAGCGGAGACAACAGCUCUGUGUGUGGAGCUGAUGGACUGUGGAGAGGACCCACCAUGGUCUGUGAAGCUAAAUGUGGCCCGAAUCCCUUCCUUGCCAACUCAGAGGUGGUGUGGCAUAACAGAAGUGUUGUGAUCCACCGCUGCAUGGAUGGAUAUCACAGCUGGAGGGGAAGCAACGUCUCUGUGUGUCGCAACUCUGGGCUGUGGCAGAAAGCCACACUGAGGUGCAUAGAAAUAAAGCCACCUAUCAAUCAUCUAUUUGUCCUCAAUGAAAAAUGUCUGCAUUGGAAAGCAGAGAAGUAUGAGGAGGAUACAGAAGUUUACAUGGUGACAUACAUAGGCUCCAGGGACUACCAGAGGUCCUUUCAUGAUAAAGGAAAGCGGUUUCUGAGCUCCAUGGGUGACCAGCUAGAACUCUGUCUGAACCUGCUCCCGGUCACAAACUACAGCAUUUCAGUCACUGCAGUGUCUGCCAGAUUCACAGCUACCACCACCACUAACACCAGUUUACCAGUGCCUCCAGCACCGGUUAUCUACUACAGAGAAUUUGAGACUCCUGUACCAACUUUGAGGCUGCGCAGAUCACCCAACACACUGGACCCAAUAAGUUGGUACCAAGUGUUUGUGCUUCCUGUAGAGGGGAUUGUGGUGUUUGACUGUCCCUCUCCUGCGAGCUCAGACCCCUCAAGCAAAAUAAAGUCCUCAACAGAGUACAUCACUGCCCAGAUUGAUGUCAGACAUGUUGGGACAGUGAUGAACUUUACUGUAGGGGAUGGACUCUACUAUGGAGGAUUCUUUAAUGCACCACUGGAGAGUGGAAGAAACUAUUAUAUCAUCUUACGAGCAGUCAGUCAGUGGAAAACGGCUUUAAAAAGUUCCUGUGUCCUGUGGGCUAAAGUAAGAGGUACCUCCUAUGUCCUGAAGGUUUCAUCUCUGUCUGCUGCUGCAUCAAUAGGACUGGUUGCUUUGAUCAUUUUGGGUGGAUACAGUUUCACCUGGUUUUUUAAGAAGACAUAAUAACUCCUACGUGCUGAUGUUCUGUAAUUUUUUUGUCAGCAUGACAAAUAAAUUACAGUUUUGACUUGCUACCUGUAUAUAUUGUAAAUAAUUAUAAUAAAACUUUUUUCAUUAACUGUAA